GUCGGAGGUGGGUUGGUUUGGUGGUUUUUCGUGGAGGAUUGUUUACUCAAGUGGAGGUCUGUGGUUCGGUUGGCGUUCGGUUUGGUGGGCAAAACACAUAGCUGCUGGUGGAUUUUCUUUGUUUUGACACCACCACCAACGGGAAACUGGAACAGAACUGGCCAGUUCUUCCUCUCCAAUCACAGGGAAGGACACAACUCGGGCUGAUCUCCUAGGCCACGAGUUCGGAAGACCAGUCCCAGGCAGUGAACUCCAAGUCCCAGGUGGUGAACUCACUGGGCCACGGCGGCCACACUCCACCACUUCCAUGAAACCACCACUUCGAUCAGCGAAAACGGGGGUGACCAGGUCGAAGUUCGGACCGGCGAUGGCGAUGGCGCCACGAGCUGAUUUCUUGAGGUCGACUGCAGGAAGACAUGUGGAUCAUGUGGCAGACCCAAUUCCUGCAGCAUCAUUAAGGACGCUACGAACGGGGCUCCUGGCCAUACUACUAAGCAGGACGCUACCAGCGACUCACGGCGUCAUCGACCUGGACCCCUCGGACACCGAGAGCAGCGACGGAGCGCCGCCGAAGUGCUGCGGAGAGACGAGCGGUGCGAGCUACGGAGUUUGGGUCUCUGAAGUGAUGCUGCAACAGACCCAGGUCGCGGUGGUGAUCCCCUACUGGACGCGCUGGAUGAGGCGCUUUCCCACUCUGAAUGAUUUGGCCGCAGCCCCCCUGGAGGAGGUGAAUGCCCUUUGGGCAGGGCUGGGUUUUUAUGGCCGAGCACGGCGUUUGCAUGAGGGUGCGAAGUACGUGUUGGCGCAGCACGGUGGUCAGCUGCCCUCAGAUGUGACAGCCUUGCGGAAGAUUCCUGGAGUCGGGCCCUAUACAGCAGGUGCCAUCGCCUCGAUUGCCUUCCAACAGCCUGCAGCCCUGGUGGACGGCAACGUGGCGCGCGUCUUCGCGCGGCUGAGGGCGAUGCCUGCGGCGCUGGGCGUGGCGAAGUCGCAGCGCUUGAUGAAGCGCUGCUGGUCGCUGGCAGAGCAGCUGGUGGAUCGCACUGAGCCCGGAGUCUUCAAUCAAGCCCUCAUGGAGCUUGGCGCCACGAUUUGCACUCCCAGCUCUCCUUCCUGCGAGCGCUGUCCCUUGCGCUUCGCCUGCCGCGCCUUUGCCGCGCGCGCCGCGGGUCCCGUCACGCGCUUCCCGGCGCCGGCCGCGGGAACGGCGCGCCGUGUGCGGCGCCUGGCGGUGGCGGCGAUCGAGGCGGAUGGGCACAUGUGGAUGCUGGUGCGAAGGCCUCCGAAAGGUUUGCUGGCAGGGCAAUUGGAGUUCCCUUCAAUUCAGAUGGAAGAGGACGAGAACGGAGUGGAGUCAACGGAAAGCUGCGUGCAACGGCUGACUGCCUUGCUGAAAGGUUUCCAGGUGGACCUGCUGAAGGAGUUGACUCCAGUGGAGGGUGUGCCCUUGGAACACAUCUUCUCCCAUGAGCACCACUUCAUUCAUCUCUUCCGUGGCCACCCAGCCAUCCCCGCUCCCCAGCCGGCCCGCUCCGACGUCCACCAAGCUGGCAGACCGGUGUGGUGGUUGGGGAGAGUGGAAGCUGAAGAGGCUGGAAUCACCAGUGGAGUGAAGAAGGUUCUGGACUUUCUCGAGGGUUUCUCCUCCACGAAACGGAGCAGAGGCUCCGACGUGCUGAAGCGCCAGCCGCUGCGGAAGUGGCCGCGGAACUCGACGCGUUCGGGCGGCUCCAGCCGCCGAGGGGAAAAAGGGCCGACUGCCGAACGAUGCCAUUCGCCGCGAGAUGAAGUC